UCAGGUAUAUAUAUAUAUACCCACCAGAGUAAGAAGAUGAACACAAACUAAAUCAAUAUGGAGGAAGUCAAGGUACUAGGGUUCUGGGCAAGUCCAUACGCUUACAGGGUUAUAUGGGCUCUGAAACUCAAGGGUGUCGAAUAUGAAUAUAUAGAAGAAGACAUAUUCAAUAAGAGUGAUUUGCUUCUUCACUGUAACCCAGUGCAUAAGAAGGUUCCAGUGUUUUUUCAUGGUGAAAAAACAAUUGCAGAGUCCACUGUUAUUCUUGAGUACAUCGAAGAGACGUGGCCUCAGAACCCUCUGCUACCAAAUGACCCUUUGGAAAGGGCCAUGGCUCGGUUUUGGACCAAGUUCGGAGAUGACAAGAGGCAAAACUUUUUCGAAUUCUAUAAAACAACUGGAGAUGAGCAAGCAAAAGCAGCAAAAGAGGCCCAAGAACUUCUGACAAUCUUAGAACAGCAUGGCCUUGGGGAGAAAAAGUUUUUCGAUGGCAACAAGGUCGGGAUGACAGACUUCGCCUUUGGAUGGAUAGCACUCUGGCUUGAGGCCAUCGAAGAAGCAGCUGGUGUACAAGUACUGGAAGUCAAUAGCUUCCCUCGCUUGCAGGCAUGGAUUAAAAAUUUCAAGGAAGUUCCUGUGAUUAAAGAAAAUCAUCCCGAUAAGAGCCGCCUGUUAGCUUAUAUGAAACAACUAAGGGAGGCGUAUGCCAAGCCAGCAAUUUCUUGAUAUCCAAGUCUUAAUAUUUCCAAG